UCGAUAACACCAGUUCGAUAUACUGGUUCCUCGCGGAACCGCCCGCCCCUAGUCCUUUUCACUUUAGCGAGGCGAAAUUGUCACAUUUACAUUUGACAAAAUUCGUCGUCAAAACGCCCGCAGACAGCAACAUCAAAAGUAGCUGCACAGCAACAACAGCAAACAGCCAAGAUGCCCAAGAAUAAAGGAAAAGGAGGCAAGAAUCGUCGUCGUGGUAAGAACGAGAACGAGUUCGAGAAGCGUGAGCUGAUCUUCAAGGAGGACCAGCAGGAGUACGCGCAGGUGACCAAGAUGCUGGGCAACGGUCGUCUGGAGGCAAUGUGCUUUGAUGGCGUCAAACGCCUGUGUCACAUUCGGGGGAAACUUCGCAAGAAGGUGUGGAUUAACCAGGGCGACAUCAUAUUGGUGGGAUUGCGUGACUACCAGGACUCGAAGGCUGAUGUGAUCCUCAAGUACACCCCGGACGAGGCCAGGAACCUGAAGACGUACGGCGAGUUCCCCGAGUCGGUGCGCAUCAACGAGACAGUCACAUUCGUGGAGGAUGGCUUCGACGAGGACAUCGAGUUCGGCGAUGAGAUCAGCUCGGAGGAUGAUGCCGACUCCGUGGACAACAUCUGAUUAACAAGAAACAAAGUGGCGCCGGGUGGGACGACGACGGUGGGAGCGUCUGGAACGUCUGGAACGUCCUUCUCGGCAGCACCAGCUGAAGCAGAGUCAGUUCGAGAAUAGUAGGGAAUUUAACCAAUUGUAAAAAGCAGAAAGCCGGUAGCCCCGAGUCUUGUUCGAAGUCCAAGCCACCAACCAAUCCAAUCCAUGAAUCCAACAUCUACAAAGCGGCGCAGCGGCAGUUAAAUUGCGAAGCCAAACUUAUAGUUCAGUUCAUUUUUAGCCAUUUUAAUGUUCAAUAUCCUUUAAAAUUGCUUAAUCCCGGACAUCCAAGUGGGUUCCCAAAUUUAAACGGUUUGAUUUACGGCCGCCUUAAACAACAAAUUAUAAAAUACAUAGUAGAACUGUUAAACUGUGCAAGAAAUGGAACUUUGCGAAACAUAAACUAAUAAUAUUUGAAUUAAAAACGAAAAAACAAAGAAAAACAAACGGAUAUUAGUUAUUAUUUAUCUACCAACAAAUCUAUCGAACUAAAUGAAAAAAGAAAAAAAAAAUAACAAAAAAUAUACUAAUGAAAUCUACAACUCAUACACAUAAAAUAUGAGUUUAGCGAACACUAAUAUUUAAGACGAAAGGGAUAUAUAAUAAUAAUGAUCAAAAGGCAAAGAUGUGAAGUUAGCUAGCGAGUAAGCAAAGUCAAAUCCAUGAGUUUUCGCCAGAUAUAUCUGAGCUCCAUCCCCCAAGUGUUCCUUCUCAGCAUUUCGUCUCAUGUCUUGUUUUUAUUAUACACCUGCGUUAUAUUUUGAUGGUUUUUCACUUAGCAAUAUCCAAAUCAUAUUCCAAACGCCCCUUUUGUUUUUGCUGUCCAUGCAUUCAGUUUUCCCUGUUUAGUUGUAGUAUAAUUCGAACCAAACAAUGGAUGUGUAAAAAGUAAAGAAACUAUUGAUUUUUGUAAUGAGUUGAACUCCAAUAAAUGGCGUUGAUUAACCCGAAUGCAAAACAGCAGA